AGUUGAAACAGUGCUUCACAGUGACAGACUGUCAAAAGUGGUGAUUUCAAAGGACAGAAAAUUGGUUGAAGAGGAAGAAGAACAAGGUGUUGUCUUUCAGGUUCUUGUUGAAUCUGCUGCUCCAGCCUAAAUCAAUGCAGACUCAAGAGUAACAUUGAUUGUACUUUGAUUGAUUGCCGCUCAGGUCUAACAUGGGUCGCUACCUCAGCACCAACAUAUGUUCAAGUUCUGUGAACAGGACGUUGAGAUUGUACUUCAGAAUUAGGUACCUUAUGAGCCUUCUCAGAAAGCACCCUCGUCUGGCCAGAGCACCACUCUGCUUGGGCCAUCACAGAUAUUCACUGCUGUCACCUCCUCAGCUUUCCAGAUUCACAAGAAAAGCCACAUAUAAAUAUUUAAACCAUGAUGAUACAGGUUCUACCUCUUAUCACUUCCUCAGAGAUUUUACCCAAGAAGUGAAACAUCUCCAGGUUGUGCGUUUUUACUCAUCUUCUAAUAGAGAUGUAUUCAAAACUAAUGCUCCCAUUGGGAUCUUUGAGACGACUCAGAACAGCUUUCACUGGAGUUCACUGGGAGGGCGUCUUGGCCAAUCAUUUAAUCGACUGUCCAGACACAUUAACAUGUAUUUCAAGAGAAAGGAUGUUGUACCAUUAGUGGAGCAUGCCAGUUUUGUUGUCGCAACUCCAGAAUAUCCUGGCAGGUCACAGAGGCGUAGUCCAAGUCAGCGAGCAGCCAGAGAGCAAAAUGUAUCCGAGGGCAAAGACACACAGCAGGUCUAUAAAUGCAAAGACAAACAAGUGAGCUCAGGAACAAGUAUUUCAGCUCAGGAAAUGUCUGGACAGCAAUUAUUUCACAUCAGCUCUUUGGCGACAAGAUUUGGUGAAAGCUACAGUUACGUUGCUAAUCACAUUAACUCAGUUUUUUCCCGAGGCUUUGCAAAAGUUGAACUGCAGGACAAUGUGCAAACCAUUUCUUCUGUAAAAGGGACACACAGAAGGCAGAAGAGGAGAAAAAUGCAAAGCACCUCCAUUAUAAACUCUAAAGAAGCUGAAAUGUCCCAUUCUGAACAGGCAACAGUGGAGUCUAACAAUCUCUCCAGCAGCUGGGAAGAUAGCUACCUCCACUUUGCAAGACACAUCAAUAAAUAUUUUGGUGCCAGGGUUACAGAGCAGUUUCCUGUGGAAACGAAUAGCGCUUCCAAAAACUAUUUUUCAAGACAAUCUACCUCACAAAGUCAAGGUGCUACGUCACAGCUGAAGCAAGAAGAACCUAUCCCUGAAACUGGAGGCCUUUUCCACAGCAGCCACAUCGCAACUAACUUUGGAGAGAACUAUUUCCAAAUGGCCAGUCACAUAAAUCAGUAUUUCAAGGGUAAAAGUGGACAGGAGGAGGACACUGAUAGACAUCUUCUAAUAAACAUGGACCCUGGAUCUGCUGCUUCUGAGGGAUUGAAGACUGUAACCUUUAUGGACUGCCUUCGCCACCCCACAAGUGCCAUCCCUGACUUGCUGGGUCCUUAUCUAAAAAUGGGCUCCUUGACCCAGACUAGUAAACCCAAACCUGCAGUGACUUCACCAGAGGCAAUAUUAAAUAAAAAGCUUGUCUUGAGUCGGAGGCAAGCAGAGGAAAUCACACGUGGGUUGAUUGGCAGUUUGGGGCUGGCUUCGUCUCCAGGGGCUCUGAUUGCCUGUGUGGAGGCACUCAAUGAACACCUUAUCCGUUACCCCUCAUGCAAAGCUUUAAUGUGGCAGGAGAAAAUCGCAGUCACGUUGUUGAGAAAGCGGCGAACCUUCAGAGACGACCAGGUGCUUCAGAGCGCCUUAAGAGAAAUCUUGGCUCUAAUUGGCUACGUGGAUCCAGUCAAAGGUUGCGGCAUUAGAGUGCUCUCAAUUGAUGGUGGUGGCACAAGAGGUGUGGUGCCUCUGCAGGUGUUAAAGCUACUGGAAGAUGAGACAGGCAGAAAGAUACACCAGCUGUUCGACUACAUCUGUGGAGUGAGCACAGGUGCCGUUCUGGCCUUCAUGCUGGGUCUGGCCCGGUUUUCUCUAGAGGAGUGUGCUGACAUGUAUCGGCGGUUUGGCUCCGAAGUAUUUCGUCAGAACCCGCUGGUUGGCACCGUGAAGAUGGGCUGGAGUCACUCCUACUAUAACACAGAGACAUGGGAGUCAAUAUUACGAGAAAAGCUGGGAAAUAGGGUGCUUAUUAAAACAGCCAGAGAUGAGCUGACUCCCAAGGUUUCAGCAGUGAGUGCAGUGGUAAACUGGGGUACCAGUCCUAAGGCGUUCGUCUUCCGCAACUACAACCACAAACCGGGCUCUCUCAGCCGCUACGCUGGAGGCUCAGGCUACCAGAUGUGGCAGGCAGUGAGAGCGUCAUCAGCUGCCCCAGGAUACUUCCAAGAGUUCCCCUUACAAAGUGAUAUUCACCAGGAUGGAGGAAUUAUCCUGAACAACCCCUGUGCCUUGGCUGUCCACGAGAGCCGUCUGUUGUGGCCUAACCAGCCCUUCCAGUGCGUGCUGUCCCUUGGCACCGGUCGCUAUGACAACGCUAAGAAGGGUCCCGCCACCUCCACCAGCCUCAGGGCCAAAAUCAGUAAUCUGAUCAGCAGUGCCACAGACACUGAAGGGGUCCACACCCUUUUGGACGACCUGCUCGCCCCAGACGUCUACUUCCGCUUCAACCCCAUGCUGAGUGCUUUGGUGUCCCUGGAUGAGAGCCGACCAGGGGCCCUGGACCAGCUGCAGAGAGACACCCAGACCUAUCUGGAGAGAAAUCGACCCAAACUGGCCAGACUCUGUUUGGUGCUGGGGGCAGAACUCUCAGCUGUGAGCAGAACCAAAGACUGGAUGAGUGAGAGGGCCUGGGAGAUGAAACAGAGAUGGGUGUGAGUGGGUAUGAGGCAAGUCUACAAAUAGAUGCAUAUCUCAUGCACAGAUUCACACAUAUACAGGCUGUGGACAAAACAGCAGAGCUACAUUAAAGAACAAGAUCCCUUGUGUAAAUUAAUUUACCCAGUGCUACCUUCAGCCUCAGUUGUAUUUUGUGUUCAGUGAAUGCUAACUUGCUAAACUAAGAUGGUAGGCAUGGUAAACAUUAUACCAGUUCAACAGCUGGAUGUUAUCAUUGACCUCAAAGCACCACUAUGCCUAAGUACAGCCUCAUAACCACUAGCAUGGCAUUUUUUCCACUCCCUGCAGUCCAUGUACUGUACGCCAGAUCAAUACAAUGUUGUCAACAGGUCUCACAUACAUAUAGCAUUUUGUUUGACCUCUUGACAUAGACGCACAGAACAAAUACACACAUUCAUGAAAUAAGCACUCUCAUGCACUUUGUUUAAAAAGCUUUGUGCAAUUUGCCUAUGUGACAUAAUGUGACAUAAUUCAGUUGAUACUGUCUUUGAAAAUGCACUCCUCAGUUUUGAUAACUGUAAAAUAAGCUAUAAAUCUUGCUACAAAAUGUUUUCAUAUAUUCAUAUUGUUCAAUUUUGAAACUUUACGAGU